AGCGCAGAGCAGCGGCGGAAGCGGCGGCGGCGGCAGCAGCCACCCGAUGUCUUCGGCGCCCGAGAAGCAGCAGCCACCGCACGGCGGCGGCGGCGGCGGCGGCGGCGGGGGAGGCGGCGGGGCCAUGGACCCCGCGUCGUCAGGCCCGUCCAAGGCGAAGAAGACGAACGCCGGCAUCCGGCGCCCGGAGAAGCCGCCCUACUCGUACAUCGCGCUCAUCGUCAUGGCCAUCCAGAGCUCGCCCACCAAGCGCCUGACGCUCAGCGAGAUCUACCAGUUCCUGCAGAGCCGCUUCCCGUUCUUCCGCGGCUCCUACCAGGGCUGGAAGAACUCCGUGCGCCACAACCUCUCGCUCAACGAGUGCUUCAUCAAGCUGCCCAAGGGGCUCGGGCGGCCGGGCAAGGGCCACUACUGGACCAUCGACCCGGCCAGCGAGUUCAUGUUCGAGGAGGGCUCGUUCCGCCGCCGGCCGCGCGGCUUCCGAAGGAAAUGCCAGGCGCUCAAGCCCAUGUACAGCAUGGUGAACGGGCUCGGCUUCAACCACCUCCCGGACACCUACGGCUUCCAGGGCUCGGCCGGCGGCCUCUCGUGCCCGCCCAACAGCCUGGCGCUGGAGAGCGGCCUGGGCGUGAUGAACGGCCACCUGCCGGGCAACGUGGACGGCAUGGCCUUGCCCAGCCACUCGGUGCCCCACCUGCCCUCCAACGGCGGCCACUCGUACAUGGGCAGCUGCGGCGGCGCGGCGGCCGGCGAGUACCCGCACCACGACGGCUCGGUGCCGGCCUCCCCGCUGCUGCCCGCCGGCGCCGGCGCGGUCAUGGAGCCGCACGCCGUGUACUCGGGGUCGGCGGCCGCCUGGCCGCCCUCGGCCUCCGCGGCGCUCAACAGCGGCGCCUCCUACAUCAAGCAGCAGCCCCUGUCCCCCUGCAACCCCGCGGCCAACCCCCUGUCCGGCAGCCUCUCCACGCACUCCCUGGACCAGCCGUACCUGCACCAGAACAGCCACAACGCCCCAGCCGAGCUGCAAGGAAUCCCGAGGUAUCACUCCCAGUCGCCCAGCAUGUGUGACCGAAAGGAGUUUGUCUUCUCCUUCAACGCCAUGGCGUCCUCGUCCAUGCACUCGGCCGGCGGCGGCUCCUACUACCACCAGCAGGUCACCUACCAAGACAUCAAGCCCUGCGUGAUGUGAGGCUGCUGUGUAGGGCCCUGGUCCUCGGGCCCUCCCGGCACAGGGCGGCCGGGGCAGGGACCUCGGAACCCGGCGCAAGGAACUGCUUUACUCUCGAGGUAUAACCGUCGGCGGCGGCGGCAGAAGAAGAAAAGGGUUUGACCCCCGUCCCCAACCGGAUUGCACGGAAAGGCAUCCCCAACGCAGAGACCCGGCGCCCCGGUCGGUCGGUGGUCACCUCCUUCCCCAGCUCCUUCAGAAAUUGUAAAACUGGUGGCGGCCGGGUCCGGUCUGACUGCAGCCGUCGUCGUCGGAAAAUAAACACGUCUGUUUUCGAUCCCGUCGCAAUCAACGGCCGGCCGAGAAGGUGCUGCGUUGGGGGGAAGCCCCCACAUCUAAACAAGAAUUCUGCUGAGGCCCCCCUUCCUCCCUUCCAGUGGCAAAAGGUGUGGGGGGGGGAGGAAGAAUUUUAGAAGGAAGGCAAACACGUGAGACCAAUCAUUAUCAAAUACUUUUAUUUUUUGGUUGAGUAUUUAUCUUUUUAUUUUUAAUUUUUUGGAAGAAUGUCUUGGAACGCGCAAGUCUCCUUUUAGAGCCGUCUUUUGCCGGAGGAGGGGGGAGGUGCCCCCUCCCCACCUCGAAGGCGUCCUGCGGCAACCGCAGGUGGAUCUUCCCCAGAACAACUUGCAUUUCUGAAGCCACUGUUCCCUCUUUACGGAGAAGAUUGUCGGAGCCCAAGGGAGUGAGCGGCUGUCCUCCGGGCCUCUGCGGUUCCUCCUCCCCCAACCUUCCUCCUCUUCAGCCUCUUUUGUUUUGUCUUGAAUUUUAUUUUUAUUUUUUUUUCUCCACCGGUGGGUAUUAUUUCUCUCUCUCCCGAUCUCUACUGUAAACUUUCUGGUCCGAGAAUGAGCCGAACACAGCGCGUGACGCGGGGAGCCGGGGAGGCCGGGCCACCGGGGGUAUUCAGGAUUGCGGUGACUCAGAAAGGUUAAGGCACUUUUAAAACUAUAGCAAGGCUCAUCUGUUAUUUAUUCUACUUUCUUCCCCUAAUAAUCAAAAACAACACCUCGUAGGCUCUUCCGUUUAUUAGUAUUAAUGGUGUAACUUUGUUGGCAAUAUUUGCCAUGUAGAACUUUUUUUUUUUUUAGAUAACCAUUGUAAAUUUGAGACAAAGACCAAUCUGUGUAAAAACAAAUCUCCAUAUGUUUUAUAUAAAUAUAUAUAUAAUAUGAAGGACUUACCCUCCUUUUUUUAGUAUUUUGGGCUGCUGGGGUGCAGCGUUUGUGACACGUAUUUUAAAUUUACUUCUGCACUGUAUAAAAAUGACCAUUUGAGGAUGUUUUUGCCUUUUGUGUAUUUUUUUUUCCUAAAAAAAAAAAAGAACAAAAAUAAAAAAUGUAUAACAUUUGUACCUGGCCUUUAAAAUUGUAUCAACUAGAAAUAAAAUCUCACGAGUAUUUU